CAACUCCGCUCACAUCGGUAGUUCCGGACCGCGUAAAUAUGUGAUGGAGCCGCAUGCUAGCGCGUAUGCUAGCGCGUGAGCUUGCCCUGCUCUCAAUCUUGAUCUUGCCCAUCUCUCAACAAUGCCACGAUGGCGAUGAACGCAAAACAAGAGAAACUUGACAACUACGGCCUCACACCCGUCCACCCCGACCAUGACGAGCCUGCCGGCCUCCUCGCCCGCCAGCUGAGCCGUGAGGCGUAUGCCGAGACGGCGGAGGCCGCACGGGAAUCACAUACCGACAUCGGGCCCCCGCCUGACGGCGGCGUUGCGGCCUGGAGUGCCGUCGGCGCGGCAAGCUGCGUCCUCCUCGUAGUCUUCGGCUUCUCCACAUCCAUGGGCCAACUACAAGCCUACUACCUCGAGAACCAGCUACGGGGACGCUCCAAGGCCGACGUCGCAUGGCUUGGCUCGAUCCAGUCCAUGCUCAUUUACACGGGUUCGCUCUAUGCAGGUCGAUUGUUCGAUGCGUACGGGCCUGAGCGCCUCAUGUGGACCGGCACGGUCCUCCUCACCGGAUCCUUCAUUUCCAUGGCCUUCUGCACCCAAUAUUGGCAGUUUCUUCUUGCGCACAUGCUCUUCGGGAUCGGUGGCACAACGGUGUACUCGCCCUCCACCUCCAUCUCAGGACACUGGUUCGCGCGUCGCCGCGGUACAGCCGUCAGUGUCGUGAUCACUGGCGCUGGCUUGGGCGGUAUCGCCUACCCCCUCCUGAUGCGCGAGCUAUUCAUCCGCCUCUCCUUCCGCAACACCCUCUUCGUGCUCGCCGGCUUCACCUUCGCCGCCAUGAUUCCCGCUUGCACGAUCAUGCACGCGCGCCUGCCGCGGCGCAAGCCACCGCCCUGGUCCAUCUUCAAAGAACCGUGGAAGGAGGCACCUUACGUGUGCCUCGUUACCGGCGCGGCGGUUUGGCUGACCAACGUUUUCACACCCUACUUCAACGCGCCCGUGCUUGCCGCGACGAACCGCCUCAGCCCUGAGGUGACAUCGUACGCCGUCCUCAUCCUGCAGUCCGGCUCCUUCGUGGGACGCAUCAUCGUCGGACCGCUGGCGGACAGGGUGGGCGUGUGGAGCGUCUUUGGGGCCAUGUCGUUCCUCUCGUCGCUGUUCAUCCUCGCGCUCUGGACCGGCGACGUGGGGCCCGGCGCGGCUAUCGCCGGUCUUAUUCUUUUCGGCAUGACCUCCGGUGGGUGGAUGACCAUGGUGACAGCCGCCACGAGCGCUAUCUCCCCCGUCACGCAGAUCGGUAUGCGGAUCGGCAUGUUGUGGACGUUCGCCGCCAUCCCCAACCUCGUCGGCCCCGUCAUCAGCGGUGCGCUCAUCGGCGCGGCUGGCGGAAAAUUCAUCUACGCAGGCCUGUUCACGGGCCUGAUGAUGUUUGUGGGCUCGGGGAUCAUGGUCGCACCACACUUGAUAAAGUGGUGGCGGGAGAGGGGGACGCCCAAAGAUGGCGAGAGCACGGCCAGCACGAACCCAUAGCACUGUAUCUUAGACCCUUGCAUAAUCUACUCAUCUUGGAUAUCCUCGAUGCGCCAGUCGAGGCACAGCAUCUUGCCGGGCGCGUGCCCGAUCACUACGCCCUCGAUGUGCGAGUUGAUCACGACGAGCUGGGGCGUCACGCCGCACGCCCAGAACACAGGUACCUCGCCGUCACGGAUUAU